AUGACCAUCACCUCUAGUCGCUACGUGGAGCCGGUCCUUACAACCGAGGUUACCAAUGGCCAAAAGUCUUCCAAACCGCCUCCACGUACAUGGUACGCCAUCGAACCGCCCUUCAAGGGCUACCAACCAACUCCCUCCGAAGCCUAUGCUCAAAGCGUUGCCGAGACAGCGAUAGUCAUUGACAAUGGCUCCAGUCUUGUACGUGCUGGUUGGUCUUUCGAUACAAUCCCUCGAAUAUCAUUUCCGGCAGAUGUUGCUCGAUAUCGAGACCGAAAAUACAACAGGACCGUCUCAUACGUGGGUUACAAUGCGUAUGCAGACGCUACCACAAGGGGUCAGAUACGGAACGCUUUCGAACCUGGGACCAGUAUUGUGGGCAAUUGGGACGUCAUGGAAGGUGUGCUGGAUAACAUAUUUGUGAAUCUAGGAGUUGAGGGAGAGAACGGAGGCAUCGGAAGACCUGUUCUCAUGACGGAACCCGUUGCCAAUCUGGGCUAUUCAAGGAAGACUAUGAAUGAGCUUUUAUUCGAAUGCUACCACGCGCCCUCGCUGGUUUACGGCAUCGAUUCGCUCUUCUCGUAUAAGUUCAAUAAAGGAAACAGCGGACUUAUCAUAUCAUCCUCGCACUCCUCGACACACGUAAUCCCUGUCUUGAACUCGAAGCCUAUUAUGUCCAGCGUGUCGCGGCUGAAUUGGGGAGGAUCUCAAGGCGCUGAGUAUUUGCUGAAACUGUUGAGAUUGAAGUAUCCGAGCUUCCCCAGUAAAGUCACCGACUAUCAGGCGCAACAUGUGGUUCGUGAGCAUUGCUAUGUCUCUCAAAGUUUCGACAAGGAGAUGAGGGGCUUCCUGGACUGGACCGGUUUGGAGAGCCGAGACCAUAUUAUACAGUACCCUUUCACUGAGCACGUUGUUGUGGAGAAGAGUGAGGAAGAACUUGCACGAAUCGCCGAACGGAAAAGGGAGGGCGGAAAGAGACUACAAGAGCAAGCGGCAAAAAUGAGAUUGGAAAAGCUUGUGCAGAAAGAACAGGAAUUGGAGUACUACAAAGAUCUUCAGCAGCGCCUGGUGGGUCAAACGAAAAAGGAGACGAAACGCUUGCUCGAUGAGGAUGAGUUCAGAGAUGAAGCCCAACUAGACAAGAUAAUCAAAGACAUGGAGAAAUCUGUACGAAAAGCCAGGAACAAGGACCUCGGUGUUCCAGACGUCGUUGAGGAGGAGGAAGGAGUUAACUUUCCACUGCUUGACAUAGCGGACGAAGAGCUGGAUGAGGCAGGGUUGAGACAAAAGAGACAUCAACGAUUGUUAAAGUCAGGCGUGGAAGCUCGUGCAAGGGCAAAGGUCGAAAAGGAGCAAGAAAGAGCCCGUGUAGCAGAGGAAGAGAGACUCGAUGACGAGCGCCGCAGCAAAGACCUUGACGGGUGGUUAGAGGAUCGGAGAGUCGCGAGAACGGCUCUACUCCAAAAGAUCAAAGAUAGAGACAGACAAAAGGCAGAUCUCGGCAACCGUAAAUCACUUGCCAGCCAGAUGCGUAUGAAAACACUCGCAAACCUGGCCUCAGAUGCGCCCGGCAGAAAGCGUCGGCGAGGUGGCGACGAUGACAAUUUCGGCGCAAAUGAUGAAGAUUGGGGGGUCUAUCGCACUGUUGCGAUGGGUGAGCAAAGUGAGGAUGAGGAGGAAGAAGACCUUGAUGCAGAAAUGAAGAACGUGGAAGCACAGCUGCUAAAGUAUGAUCCUGGAUUCAACGAGCGCAAUACUAUGGCUGCUCAGAUGGACUGGACAACAAGUCUCAUGCAUGCUUUUCGACGUGGUCCAUGGCCUUUUGACCCGGAAAGCCAGCAGGAAAUUCAUCAGUUGCAUCUCAACGUGGAAAGGAUUCGCGUGCCCGAGGUGGUCUUCCAACCUGCUAUAGCAGGUCUUGAUCAGGCAGGCAUCAUCGAUAUCGCUGCCGACAUGGUCAACCACGGGAUGGGCAAACCACAAGAUCGCAACAACAUUCUCAGGGAUGUUUUCCUCACGGGAGGUAACACGCUUUUCGCGGGAUUUGAUGACAGACUCAACGAGGAGUUGCGCGCUGUCCUACCUAUAGAUGCCGCAAUGCAUCUCCGCCAGGCGAACGACCCGUUGCUUGACGCCUGGAGAGGCGCAGCUCAAUGGUCUAGGGAGCCGACCUUUAGGCAAGCUCUCGUGACUCGUCAAGAUUACGAUGAGAAGGGUUCUGACUAUAUGAAAGAACACAAUCUUGGUAACAGCACUACUUUUUAA